ACCUCAGUAUGAGCGGGGUAGUCCAGCAAUGUUUGAGUUAUAAUCACAAAAAGGCGGCUCGCUCGCCGGUUCUGUCCAGUAACUACAAGGCACGAAGACGCAGAUCCUUUUGCAUCCAAUCACGAUGACGACCUCAAAAUCAGCCCCCGGCUUGAAAUCUGUGAUAGUUGUGGGAGCAGGGCCAGCGGGGCUUUUGAUGUCCCUGUUACUUGCAAAGCAGGGCGUUCCAGUACAACUCCUCGAUGCUGGCUCGACACUUGACAAGCAGCCUCGCGCAACUCACUAUGGACCCCCAGCGGUCUACGAACUUGCCCGGGCGGGCAUUGCCGAGGAAGUGAGAGCACGGGGAUUCACCCCAAAGACCGUGUGCUGGAGAAAAAAGGACGGGACAUAUUUGGCUGGGCUGGAUGGCAGCAUUCUGGAUGGUACCCCGGAUAGGAUGGUCUGUCUUCCACUCGAUCGGCUUGGGGAGAUCUUGCACAAACACAUCCUGGAACAGCCAACAGUCGAUCUCAAAUGGAAUCACAAGGUGACUGGGCUUGGUCAGGACGAGCAGAAGGCAUGGGUAGACAUUGAAACCCCAGAAGGUCCUAAAAGACUUGAAGGCGAUUAUGUCAUUGGCUGCGAUGGUGCAAACAGCCAGAUUCGCAGAUCACUGUUUGGAGACACGAACUUCCCAGGCAGAACAUGGGAUGAGCAGAUUGUAGCCACCAACACAUACUACGAUUUUCAUAAAUACGGUUAUGAGGACGCGAACUUCAUUAUUGAUCAUGAGCAUUGGCAUAUGGCGUCACGUAUCACCAAUGACGGUCUGUGGCGGGUAACGUAUGGCGAGAAACCAGGACAGACCAGAGAGCAGCUUUUCGAAAGGCUCCCAGCGAAAUUCGAGAAAAUUCUACCAGGACAUCCGAAACCCGAACAGUACAAAGUCGUGAACUUCAGUCCUUACAAGGUCCAUCAACGAUUGACGGAGAAGAUGCGUGUUGGACGCUUCCUGCUGGCUGCAGAUGCCGCCCAUCUCUGCAAUCCAUUCGGAGGGCUUGGUCUUACGGGUGGCAUCGUCGAUGUCGGUGGGCUGUUUGACUGUCUGAUUGGCAUCCACAAUGGCGUAGCUAAUGACUCGAUCCUGGACAUAUACGACGAAAUCCGCCGGCAGAAGUACCUCGAAAUCAUCGAUCCUAUUUCCAGCGAGAACAUCAGGCGUCUUUUUGGCCAGGACCCAGACACGGUAUUGGAGACGGACGAGUUUCUGAAACUGUGUAAAAAGACGGAGACAGAUGAGGCAUUCUCAAGGGAGUUUCAAAAUGGAAUCAAUGGGAUCAAGUACGACUUCACUCAACAUUACUUGAAGAAGGAGCUAGAGAAUGGGAAUUCUGGGGUGGGUUUAGUGGUGGCUUGAAGGCGUUAUAGCUUAAUAUUUCAUCGACAAAUCCAAAACUGGACACUCUUAAAACCAGCCUUCUCCAAGUGGGGUUUCUUCAGGUGCGGUAUUCAAUGCGGGGUAGGGGUAAUCUGGGUGUUCGGCACCAAUUUUGUGUUGCAGGCACGAGCUCCGGCCGAGAAUCGCACAUUCUAAGCCAGCUAGACAUGAAAGUCAAAUAGUGAAGAAUGUAAACUUGCCGUACUCGGAG